AUGUCUGACAACACUCAAUCCGCGGCGCUGCCGUCGGGUUCCCCUGCGGCUUCGCCCAUUGUUAGCACGCCCAGUGGUGCCGCUACCACCACCCCAGCCAACCCCGCAACUUCUCCUUCGACCACGGCCGGCGGAUCUCCAGCUCCCGUGCCCAGCAGCCCUACUGCUGUGGUGCCCUCCCCCUCGACGCCUCCGGCCCCAGCAACGACAUCGACAACAUCACAGCCUCCACCCCCUGCGCCAUCUACGUCGACUUCCGCCCCUGCUCCGCCGCCCGAGCCUAGCACGACCUCGACGCCCCCGGCUCCCGAGACGACGACGCAGCCUACCACUUCUGAACAGGCUCCCGCGUCGACGCAGAUUACCACUGUUGAGUCUUCCGUUGUGACCAACCCUGGCGGCCAGACGAGCACUGUUAUUCGCACUAUCACUACGACAGCCCCUCGUGCGUCGACCACCAGCGAGAGCACUGCGGCGACGAGUACUGGAACCAGCGGUCCCAUCAGCCCUGGAGGUGGCGGUGGUGGUGGCCUCAGCAGCGGCGGUAAGAUCGCUGUCGCCGUUGUCGUGCCCAUUCGAAAGACCAAGAAGGAUGCUGAGGAGGAGCGGCGCAAGGAGGUUGAGGAUUACGCCUAUAACCCGAACGCUGAUCCGACGAUCCCCGCCGUGGGUGGUGCCGGAGGUGACGGUUCGUAUGAGAUGCGCGAGGAUGCCUCAUCAGCCGGUUACCGCGGCUGGGGCACCACUACUCUCGCUGGCUCCACCGGACGCAAGGCGUCGACCACCAUGUCAGGCGGCAACACAGGUCAGGCUUACUCGGACAUCACUUCGCAAACCCACGGCAAUGUUUCUGACACACGUUCAGGCGAGCACCUGCUCAACGAGAACCAGUACGGUGGCGAUGGUGAGAUUCUCGGCGCCAUGGGUCCUUCCGCUGCCCUGAACCGCGCCAACGGUGUUCAGCGCGGCCCGUCCAAUGCCUCUUCCUCUUACAGCGCUGCCGGCCGCUCUGACGGCUCGAGCGCGGCCGAAGGUAUCGGCAUGGCGUACAGCGGUGCCGGCGGCAACGGUUACUACGACCAGUACGGAUCGAGCAACCCUUAUGGCCAGGACGCUUACAACGGUGACGGGCGCCCUUCCGAGCUGCCGGGGCAGCCCAUCAUUCAGGACAACCCGGCGCGACGCAACACGCGUAUCGAAAGCCCCUCGCACUACCCGCAGCAGAGUGCGGGUAUCUCGCAGAACUUUUAG